CUGAGACAUGCUUCGAACGAAAGUGCACCACUACCUAGAUCUACUUGUCCGAUUGAAUUGAUUUCUGAAUGUCUCGUGACGAGAGCUCACAAAAAUCAUCAGCCACAAACCAAAACGCAAAAAUAAAUAUCAACAAUCCUCACUCCACACAAUAACACAACAACCAUGUCAUCUAUUGUAAAGCAAAACAUUUCCAGUGUUUACGCCAUGUACUGCAACCCCAACGGAACCCGUCGACUCUCGAAUACCUUUCAACCAGGCAAGUACGACGUCCUGUGCGCGCGGGGAAAGAAGGCACACAACUCGGAAGGCAACAAACGUUUCCGCACCUUGGUAUCCAUUCACGCAGAACGGUAUGCUGCCUGCAGUUGCAAAAUGGAAAAGAGCAGGAUUGUCUCCCACAUUGUUGACACUGUCCGACGGGCAUCUCCCCACGGGGGCUUUGUCAAGCUCGUUGAUGGUGUCUAUUGGGAGGCAGGAGACAGGGCAGCCAAAGAAAAGGUUGGACAAACCUUUCGAGAUAUUCUGCACAACAAGUAUUCUUCCAGUACCAAGGCUAAGGCACGAGCUCGCAUGGAAAAGAAGAUCCAGAACCAUGAAUUCAGCAAUAUGAUUCUUCCACAGAACCUCAUCAGCAUAAGCGAGGGCGAGGACGAGGACACUCAAGGUUCAGAUUCAUCUACUUCUUCCUGUGGCGCUUCCUGUAUGCACUACAGUCCUGAAACCGACUUCUCCAAUUUGAGGGACACGUUUGAGGAUGACGAAGCACUGACGCCUCUCUCCCGGGAAGCCUUGGAGUCUCUUCGCAGCAGCAUUCACACCAUUGUCGACCCAAGCAUGAGUUCGAAGAGCUCCAUGCGUUCUUCCUCCCAAUCGUCACGAGACUCGAUCAUCAACUUGAGCUUGCUCGAGCCAUUGGCUCGCUCUUUGAGCAGCAGUGCACACCGAUCGUCCAUGUCGCCCAUUCCAUUAUUUCCGAAAGCGCGCCUCUCGACAAUCACCACAAUGAAACCACAAAUGUCACUCCUAGAUGCUACCAUGAUGGAACCACCAUUGGAACAAUCGAGUUCUCUGGAUUUCACCAUGGACUUGGAAGACAGUCCCAUGGAUGAAGACCUCAAGGACUUUUACGAAUCCAUGGGCAUGGGCAUCUGAACCCAUGCAAAAUAUUGAGAAAAUGUACAUACACUCUUGACUCGCUUUUGACAAUUGCCCCUAUAAAAAGUAAAUAAAAAACAACUAAACUCUAACCUGCAACUGGAAG